AUGGCUCAGAUCAUCCUGUGUCUGAUCACCUUCAUCCUGAGUUUGAUCAGAGGAUUCAGCAGCCAUACUUACUUGAUAUAUGCAAUGUUCACCUGGGUUUUCUGCCCCAUCAUGACUCUCUUCAUCACCGUCAUUGAGAUGUUCAAGCUGGACAUUAUCCUGAAUAUGUUUUGCAUGGACUGGGGGGACUUCACCACAGGGAUGGCCAUGUCCUCCACGCUCAUGACUGUCUCUGUUGCCAUCACAUAUGCUAACUUCUACAUCUGCAAAACAUGCCUUUACAAUUGGAUUGUGACUGUUUUUGCAUUCCUGUCUGGCUUUGUCUACACCCUGGAAGUGGUGAAGGACAAAUUCUUCGAUAAGAAGAAAGGCAGCUACCUGGCUGCUCUGCCUGGAUUCUGGAAAGUCAUGGAAGCCUUUGUGAGCUGCAUGAUUUUUGUGUCGCUGACUGGUUACAAAGAUUCUCCGGCUCUGAUCCUGUGUAUCAUCGCUUAUAUCAUUCCUUUCCCCAUCCUGCCUGUGAUCAUAGCCACAAACAUCUUCAAAAAACUAAAACAAUGUUUGCCUUUCAAUCUGGACAGGUUUGUGUUCAUAUUCCUGGUGAUUUCUGUGUUGCUGUACAUAUUUGCAGCCAUCAUGUGGCCCGUGUUCAUGUUCAGAAACAAUCCCCGACCUAAAACAUGCCCACCCAGCUACUGCAUUUGGGCCAUUCAGUUCAUGGUGGCUUUUAUGACUGUUGUGAAUCUUAUUCUUUUUACACUGGACCUCAUUUUUACUCUGUUGGGGAUCUGUAACUUUAAACGAACUUAA